UGUUGUGUAAAUAUUUGAAAUUCCAGUAUCAGUUCAUUUUCUAAACCUUGUAAACUUAAUUUGUCAUAAAUUAUGAUCUUUACUCUUUUAGUUCAAUAAAAUAAGUUUUACAUACUAAGAUUUAUUUCCUAAUUUAACAUAUUUCCUAAGAUAUAAAAUUGCUUAAUUGGACAUAAUUCCAAUUAAUCGAAUCAUGAUCUUUAAAUAUUAAAUGUAUCAAAUUGACAUACUAAAAUUAUCAAAUUGACAUACUAAAAUUAUCAAAUUGACAUACUAAAAUUAUUAUUGUAACACUAAAAUUAUCUUAUUGAAGUACUAAAAUUAUUAUUGAAAUAAUAAAAUUAUUAUUGUAAUAUUAAGAGUAACGAAUUUCAUUGGAGUAUGGGACGGGAUGAGCGUUCUCCUUCACAUCGCAAGCACUCGAGUAGUUCCCGCCGUAGAUAUGGCCGGAGCCCCGUACGGUCACAUAACCGCAGCUCCUCCAGAAGAAACAGAUCCAAAAGCCAACACAAUCAUAGAACCGAUCACAAUAACAGAAGUGAUCACGGGGAUAGAAGUGAUCACAGUAACAAAAGUGAGUAUAGGGACAGAAAUGAGGAUAGGGAGAGGAGGAGGCCGUAUUCCGUGAGGCGUGGUAGGAGAAGUGAUUCGAGGAGUUACUCACCUCAGACCAGGAGAUCUAAACAUGAAGCCGAAAAAUUACAACACAAAGACUCUAAAAAUUUACAACAGAAGGAUUCUGCAAAUUUACAAGGGAAAUCGGAAAAUUCGCGAGAGAAAAAAUCUGAACCAAAAUCUGAUACGGGAAAAAAUGAGAAAACCGAGUUGGACCAGAAAAAACUGGACAGACUGAACAGGUUCAAAAAAUUGGCCGAGACAAGACUAAAAUCCGACCUGGGUAAGAAAUCAGUUUCAAUAAAGUUAACACCGGCUGGAACAAAGAGUGAAAAGCGAUUUGUAUCGCCUUUUCAAGGCCUUUACGAGAUCCCAGAAGAGCCUCAGCCGCAAGAAACUGAACAGGAUACCACCGAUAUCGAUCCUCUAGACCAGUUCAUGUCAAAUCUCACCCAGGACGACUCAAACCACUUUGAUUUUUCCAAAGUCGCCACACUAGAAGAUGUUCUCAUGUGGGCCAAUCCAUUCCAUACAGAUGAUCCACAGAGUAACACUGUUCCUCAACAUACAGAUGAUCCACAGGAUAACUCAGGACAUAUCAAUAAUGUUAACACUGUAAAUAAUACUGUGGAUAAAAGUGUGGAAAAUGCUGUGGGAAAUAGUGUGGAAAAUAGUGUGGAUGAGGAUGAUGAAUUUCUAUUGAGAUUGAAGGAUAAGAUAAGGUCUGAUGUUAGAAUUGAGGAGGAUUUUGAGCGUUGUUUUAGUGAUGACGAGUACGACCCUACGAAGGUAUCGAUGGGAGGUCCAGAUUACAUGGAGCUGUUGCCAAAAAUAAGGGGUGGAAAGAAGGAGUUACCGAGGGUUGAUCAUAGUAAAAUCGAUUACCUCCCGUUCAGAAAGAACUUUUACGUCCAGGUCUCCUCAAUCACAAACAUGGGCGAGCACGAAGUUGACGCAUUCAGAAAGGCUAAUGGGAAUAUCAGAGUCUACGGUAAAAAGUGCCCGAGGCCAAUUUCAAGCUUCUCACAGUGCGGACUUCCUGACCCGAUCCUCAAAAUUCUAGAAAAAAGAGAAUACGAAAAACCCUUCCCAAUACAAAUGCAAUGCAUUCCCGCACUCAUGUGCGGAAGAGACGUUAUCGGAAUCGCCGAAACUGGUUCUGGAAAGACGUUGGCGUUUUUGUUGCCGGGUAUAAGGCAUGUGUUGGACCAGCCACCUUUGCGUGAGAGUGAUGGUAUGAUCGUGUUAAUAAUUGCUCCGACUAGGGAGUUGGUAAUUCAAAUUUCAAACGAGUGUGCUAAAUUUUCAAAGUCUGUGGGCUUGAGGACUUUGGCGGUGUACGGUGGUGCGGGGAUUGGUGAACAGCUAAACGCUCUCAAAAGAGGCGCUGAAAUCGUAGUUGGGACUCCAGGAAGAUUAAUUGACGUGUUAACCCUGAGUAAGGGGAAGGUGACUAAUCUGAGGAGAGUAACUUACUUAGUGCUGGACGAGGCGGAUCGGAUGUUUGACAUGGGAUUUGCGCCGCAAAUUUCAGCAAUCGUGGGUAAUAUCAGGCCUGAUAGGCAAACUGCGCUUUUUUCAGCCACUUUUCCCCUAAUGAUUGAAAAUCUGGCAAAAAAAAUCCUGGUGAAACCACUCCAAAUUGUCGUAGGACAAAGAGGAAAAAGCGCAUCACAAGUCGAUCAACACGUCGUAGUACUAAACGACGAUAAAAAACUUCUUAAGUUGUUAAAGUUAUUGGGAGAGUGGCAUGAGCACGGGAACAUAAUUAUCUUUGUGAAUACGCAGUUGGAGUCUGAGCAUUUGUUUAAUGAUCUCCUGGCCUAUGGCUAUGAGGCUGGGAUUUUACACGGCGGAGUUGACCAGACAGACCGCGAGUUCACUUUAAACGAUUUUAGAGAAGGAAAGAAGACAAUUCUAAUUGCGACGUCAAUUGCCGCCAGGGGAAUUGAUGUGAAAUCUGUAGUUCUCGUGAUUAACUACGCUGCACCAGACCACUUUGAAGACUACGUGCACAGAGUUGGGAGGACUGGAAGAGCUGGCACCAUUGGCACAAGUUACACUUUUCUAACACCGGAAGAAGCUGCCAAAUCGCAUGACAUAAUCAAGGCACUUAGAUUGGCGUCACAGGAGGUGCCCAAGGAACUACUCCAACUCUCACAGGCACACCUCGCAACCAUGGAUGGGAAACUGUCCAGAGGGAGAGGAUUCGGGGGCAAAGGGUUCAAAUUCACAGAAUCCGAACAGUCCAGACAACAACAGGAACGCAAACGCGCCAUCAAACUCCUAGGAAUGUUGGAGGGAGAGGAGGGAGAAGAGGAGGAGGGGACGGAGGAUUCGUUACCGCAAAAGGCCAUGGCCGCACUACAAACCGCCAAAGAAGUCGCCAAACAAUUCGAUAAACCCGUCAAUGAGCCGAAACCGAUGAUAAAGGGAUUAUCGUGUGCGGGGUAUAUAGAUGCGAAUACUGGGAAGACGAUUGACGAGUUUGACAUUAAUAAUUACCCGGAAUCUGUGAGAUAUAAGAUAACGCACAGGGAAAUCCUCUCGGCAGUGCAGGAAAACACAAACGUCACACUGCAAGUAAAGGGAAUGUACAUCUCACCCGACCUACCAACCAACAGACUAGGAUUCGCAACAGGAAAUAAAGGACUCUACAUCGAAAUCGUUGGACCCACCGUCGUCGCCGUUCAAAGGGCUAUAGGCGAGUUGAGGGGGAUAAUUCAGUCGAUAAUGGCUCCUCAGCAGGGACAGCAGAUGCUAAAACCAACCGGCCGCUACAGCGUAGUCUAA